CAUUUCCAGAGUACCUCCCGCCGCCGCCGUCGUACCGCGGAGACGCCGAGGGGGGUAUAUAUCAGAUCCACGGCCCCAUACCCGUUGUGCCCUACCGCGACCCGGCCUACGAGAUCUCCGCGAACUUGGCUCAAAGAGUACCCAGAACGUACAUACAUGAAUAUCUGCAGCCAAUUAUUUUAGCGCAGAAUGCGAUGUUAGUGGAGGAGGAGCCGAAUGUUGUGAACGGCGGCGGCGCGGGCGCGGGCGGAGGCGGUGGCGGUGGCGGGGAGGCGGGCGUGCGGCUGGUAGGCGCUCGGCGCAUGGGCGGCAUGGGGGGCAUGGGUGGCAUGGGUGGCAUGGGCGGCAUGGCGGGCCUGCUGGACGCCGGCAUCAUCUCCGAGACGAUGCCGGCGCCCGCGCACCGCGUGCAGGCCUGGGACUUCACCUCCGGCGUCGCGCCAGACAUCGCUGACAGUAAUAAGAACGUGGUGGUGCGUCGAUGCAGGAUCCACAACGACGCCAGUAUCGACAUAUCGAAGGACGGCCGCCUGCUUGUGGCGCUGCUGCCCGUGCCCAGGUUCAGAAACACCAAUCACUUGCUCGGCGUGUACUCGCUGGAGUGGUCGCGGCUGGGGCACUGCCUGCACACGGCGGUGCUGGAGCAGAGCCCGGUGUCGGUGGCGCUGUCGCCCACGUCGCGCCACCUCGCCGUGGGGCUGGGCUCGCGCCGCUUCACCACCACGCCGCACGCCAGGAACAACGUCUUCGCACAGCUCUACCGACUCGACCCACCAGAAAACACGAGCAGGACUGGUCUGUCGCCGAUCAAGGAGUUGGAGCAGAACUGGGAGCACGGCUUCACCAGCCUCAACUGCCUGCGCUGGGCGCCGCAGCCCGGGCAGGGCCUCGUCUACGCCAACAACACCGGCCAGCUCAUCAUCAUGAGCUAAGUGCACCGCCAACCACACUUCACCACAAUCUCUACACACAUCUCCUUGUAACAAUUGUAAAAUACGUAUAAUUCAUAUUUAGACAAUCAUUUGGAACAAGACAUGGUUAUAAAGUCAACCCGCUGUAGCCAGUGUUGUGUCUAUGGCCUAGGUCCUAACUUAAGCUCUCUUAGUAGAGGUGUACAGUGAGCUGGUGAUGAUGAUACGGUUGAGAAUGUUGACUCAGUAUGCAUUGAGGUGGAACUCAGCAUAUGUUCGCAGACAUCCAGUUUCAAACUUCUUGAUACAUCGGACUAAGCCUAACUCAUGGCUAGUAAGACUUACAUUUAAUUAUACUCUGUAUUUCUAAAUUAACACUUAUCUAAUAAUAACUGAUUACUAUAAACUUCUGAGUGUAUUAGUCAGACUAGUUGAAACUAGAUUCCCAUUUUUAAUAUAAUGUAGAAAAUUCUUUCCGAAUUGCCACUUUACAAAUUACUUGUAUGACUUGAAUGCGAGAAGAGAGUAAAGAAAAUAAUGAUGGCAAUAAUAUGCAUGGCUUGUGAAUACAGAUGGUAGAUUUAGUAUGGACAGAAUGGAAAGUACUAGAAUAUGUUAAGGGCAACAUAUAAAAGUGUUGCCAUAUAUGCAGG